AUGCCUGGCAUAGCAUAGCUCAAGAAAAUCUCAUGUAACGAAAAAAAGGGGAAGCUUUGGGAAAGAAAUCGACGCGGCGGCAUAACAGGCGAGGUUUCCCUGGAGAAAGUUCGCAGAUGACAGAGGCUGGAAAUUUUGCAGGACAAGAGCUUCAUGAUAGAUGAAACGGUAAGAGAGAAGGACGCCCGAUGCUGUGCUUUGUAAGUGUAGAAGGACAACACCAAAAAUAUCAAGAAUGUUUGGUCCAUUUAGAGCAUCGCCCGUGAGCCUUGGGGGCCUUUUGUGGAAACGGUCGUGGAGACUAUCCGCCCCACAAAAAAGAAGACAGAGACAUAGAAUGCAACUUGUUGACUCGAAUAUCGAUGUGUUGUACGAGGGACUCAAGGCAAACGAGAUGUCUUCUAAGAAGGUUGAAGAUCUGAAGAACAACUUCCCAAGAGAGAAUGAGAUGAAGUCCAAGGACAAGUACACUGUUUUCAACAAGCACGCCAGAGGAUACAGAAAGGGUGCUCAUUUUGUUCCAAAAUGGACGAAGUUGUCUCUGAGAGAAAACCCAGAGAAUUUCUGAGGCCUGGAGUGGUUUCCUGUAUAUAUAUUCAAGCUCGC